AAAUAAUCGUGAAUGUUCUCUGUUUUGACAAAAGCGCGACGUAGGUGUUACAGUUAAUUUUUGGAGAUGAUUCAUCGCUGUGAGUCAUUUCUCCAUGUGUGCAUUGACUGGAAUGUUCUGGACGAUUGUUGAAUUGUCAUUUAUUGAAAAUUUCGAGAAUCAAUUAAUUUAAUUUUGUCUAGAAUUUACGAGUUUUCCGCAACGUUCAUAGGAUUAUUGGAAGAUUCUGGAAAAAUUUACAAAAAAUUCCGGAACUUUUUGAGAUCCUCGGAAUAAUUCCAGAAUUAUAUAGGGUACGCAUUAGCCGAGGGUGAACGACAUUCGCGCCAGAAUCGCGGUGAAGGUUGUAGACACUUCUAGAAACGUCCAGAAAUGAACGAGCACAUUCUACCGUCCAUGAGAGUCACUGACUCACUUCAGUCGCCCAGUGUCAUUCAAAAUACUCUCAAACUGGUCCCAUAGUUCAUAGUAAUUGUUACAAGUUGUUAGAAAAUUUUAUUCAAUGGCGAGCAACGAGGGAGAAGUCAAAGUGGAAGAUAAUCAGAUUCGCUUUUAUUUUUUAGAUGCCCAACCCAAAGAUUAAACAUGACUGGUAUCAGACAGAGGCAUUUGUCGUUGUUACAAUUCUUGCUAAAAAUUCCGAAAAUGUUGAAAUAAAUUACACAGAGACGACGCUCAGUGUAACUGCCAAAUUGCCAUCUGGUAAUGAAUACAGCCUGGAGUUGGAUUUAGCUCAUCACAUUGUGCCAAAUCAGUGCUCAUACAAAGUGGUUCCUUCAAAAAUCGAAGUGAAGCUCAAGAAACGUGAUGGACUGAGAUGGACAGUGCUCGAAGGAAAUCCAGUCGUUGGGGAGGCUGUGAAACCAAUACCAGAUGCGAUAAUGCGAAAUGAACCACCAAAGUAUCCAACUUCCAGCAAGAAACCAAAAGACUGGGACCGAGUUGAGAAGGAAAUCGAGAAACAAGAGGAGGAGGAAAAACCUGAGGGAGAUGCUGCUCUCAAUGCACUUUUCCAGAAGAUCUACGGAGGCGGCUCCGACGAAGUUAGACGUGCUAUGAAUAAAUCAUUUCAAGAAUCUGGUGGAACUGUCCUCAGUACAAACUGGAAUGAAGUUGGCAAGGGUAAAGUGGAGAAAAAGCCCCCAGAUGGCUUAGAAUGGAAACAAUGGGAUUCGUAAAAUCUAUCCCACUGCAACAUUCAUGUUCAGUAUCACAAAAAUGGAAUUGAUUCGAUUCCAGUUAAAAUCGGAAACAUUUUCGUUUCACUGUCGUUCAUUCAUUCAUGAAUUAUUGUUACUCUCCAAGUUUUUAAUAAUCCCUUUCGUUCUGCAAUUUAGUCGGUUGAUUACUUCAGUGUAAAUGACAUGAUUUUUAAUGCACUGCUGAGUUCAAUGUAAAUAAAAACAAGCAUGGGCUGGAGCCUAUUCGACACAGGGCAUGUGGCCGUCACUUUUUGCGUUA